AUGUCUCGAUACUCAGCCGAUCAACAAGAUCUUCGAACCCAGCUAUUCUCUACAACCACAACUCGACGUGUCCCUAAUAGAACAGCAUCACCAUAUGAUCCCAUACCCGCCCCCUCGGCCAAACAUUCAGAGUCAAUGUUACUGUCAUUAGAAUCACAAAACAACGACGACGUCAAUGUCAUGAAUGAGAAAGUCGCCAUGCUCAAGAACUUGGGGGUGAAGAUCGGAGUAGAGAUAAACAAGGGGAUCAAACUUAAUGAUGAUAUCACCAAUCUGUUUGAAAAGGGAAGUGUCAAUUUAAAGAAUACCUUUAAUCACAUGGUGGUGAUGAGUAAACGAGCAGGUAUAACCUGGAAAAUGUGGUUACUUGUAUUCACGAUUGUUGGCAUUUGGUUUUUCUGGAUUUGGUUGUUCUAA